AUGAUCAGGUAUCUGUUACAUCAGCAGUAUCCCCAUCGUGUUGUAGCAUCCUCGCGGCCUCUCGUCUACCAGAAAUCUGAAUCGCCAUCAUUAGGAUACAACCAUGCUCUACUGCCCUCACCAGCACCCUCUUAUAAAGCUCAGCCACCACCGCUAACAGUACCUUUGCACCAACAUAACCAGGACUUUCCACAUCAUCACCGCUUUCCAGUGGAUACUCUGAGAGAGCCUCGUCAUCAGCGGAGGAGGAAGUUCAGGUUCCCGAUGAGGCGACGGCGGCGCAAUCGCUUCUUGGCCUCGCGUUUUGACCGAUUUCGCAACCCUCACCUUCCAGCAGACACUCUGCAUCCUACUGUGCAGCCGAAGGUUCCUAUAAUUCACCUCACCACUGAACCUGUCCCCCACGGUGGCAGAUCCAAGUAUCAACUGCAAGACAGUGAAGAAGAUGACUACACUGUCAUCCACGUUAACACUCACCAUGAGGAACACAACAAUCAUCCACCUACCCAUCAUCCAGUGGAGCCAAAACAUGAUACACCACCCAUUCAUAAAAUUCAUGGGUACCUUCCAUCCUCCAGCCCUCAUUAUAAGGGGAAUGACAAUAACCCCGUACUAAAAUCUCAUCCAGUUUCUCACCCAUCUCCUCAUCCUUACAAAGGGCCAGAUCAUCCCCAUCCUCUCCAGCAAACCCAUAUAUCUCACCACCUCACGGUCAAACAUGACUCUCCACACAAGAACUAUUCCGCCCCAACCACCAAGUACCACGAGGAUCCACACCAUAUUACAUCAUAUCAUCCACCUCACACAUACACCACAAAAGAGCCACAUGAAACAAUACCAGAACACCAUUUGACAAUUCUAAGUCAGCAUGAUCAUUUAACAUCAGAACCUCAUCAUUCGGUAGUUUCCAAAUCACAUUAUAAAGCAGAUAUCCAUUCAGUUCACUCUCCGGUAGCACCAGAGUCUGAUUUUAAGUCGGUAACUUAUGAACCAGUCACAGCUGCUCCUAAUCAUCCAGUAACACCCAAGACACAUCAUACACCACUGUCUCACACCGCCCAUUAUAGAGUAACUGCUAAAUCUUAUUAUAAAUCUGUAACUCAAACUCCUACACGACAAGUGACACCAACAUCUUACUAUAAGCCAGCAACACAUUCCCCAGUAACACCAAAGUCUCACUUUGAACCAGUAACAUAUUCCCAUCACCCCCCAGUAACACCAAAGUCUCACUUUGAACCAACACAUAUUCCAUCACCCCCCACAACACAUUCCCCAGUAACACCAAAGUCACACUAUGAACCAGCAACACAUUCCCCAGUAACAUCAAAGUCUCACUUUGAACCAGUAACAUAUUCCCAUCACCCCCCAGUAACACCAGUGUCAUAUCAUGAACCAGUAACACCAAAGUCUCACUAUGAACCAGCAACACAUUCCCCAAUAACACCAAAGGAUCACUUUGAACCAGUAAAAUAUUUCGAUCACCCUCCAAUAACACCAGUGUCACACUAUGAACCAGUAACCUAUUCCCCAGUAGCGCCAGUGUCACACUAUGACCCAGAAACACAUUUCCCAGUAACACCAAAACCACAUUAUACACCAGAAACAUACCCAUCAGUUACACCGAAGUCACACUAUGAACCAGUAACACAUUCCACUCAUCCUCCGGUAACACCAAAGGUGCAAUAUGAACCAGUAACUCCAUAUUACGAAUCUGAGCACCAUUUGCCAGCUUCCCAUCCUUCAUACCUUGGGAAUGAUGAUAAUCCAUUUGUUCUCAUACAGGACUUCCAUAAGUCACGCCAAAAAGAGCAUGCAGGAUAUUCGGUUCCUAAUGAACAACCACAUCAUGAGGAUCACUUGGUUCAUCACUAUAAUGAAAAAGCAAAUCUACCUAGCAUUGGAGAGGUGCACCACCCCUUACCUCAUUUCCCCCACACAACAAACUCACCCAUUGUUCAUUAUCACACCACUCAUCCCCCAUCUGUGCCAGAGCAUGUAACACAAAUUUUUCCCCAUGAAUCUUAUCUUCAUGAACACCCAGAACCUCAGCUGCACCAUCUAACAGAGCCGUCUCCUCCAUCAACACCAAAGACCUCCACUUCCUUCGUUCAUUUUACUACCCCAAGGCCUGUAAGUCAGCUAGAUCUUCAUCCAAUCACUGAAGAUCAUCCUCUUCCGCAUCUUCCACCAGGAAUAUGUCCGGGGAGCUACGAGGUGACGCUACCUCCUGGGGUUGCUGUUACACCAAAAUCAGAUUAUGGCCUCCAGGACCCCACAAAAAUCCACAGUGCCGUUCCUGCUGUAUCGCACUCUCCACCGCCAGCUCCGUAUCCAGUGCCCACGUCCAAACCUGCACCAAAUGCUCCAUUACCCUACGAAUCUCAUUCAAUUUCCCCGGAGUUGCAGCAUCUCCUAUUGUCUUAUCCUUCUCUAUAUCCAUAUCCACCGUACUACUUCAGCGUACAAAAUGUUGUCACUUUCUCUCCAUUUUCUCUCUCCUCAGAGCGUGGAGGAGGUCCUCGACAUUCUGUAUCACAGGUACCACCUUUAUUCCACAAGUUCUUCCAGGACAGAUACAGAAUCUACGAGUACCCUUGGAGGGAUAUCCUCCAGUGA